AUGCCUUCCGCCAGCUUGAAAAUCUACAUGCAAGACAUGGGCUCUUCUUGCGAAUCGGUUCGAAUGACUUGUCGGUGGUCCACCCGAAAGCGGUUCAAGCGAUCUAUGGCUCUGGAUCAAAAUGUUCAAAAACAGCUUGGUAUGACUCGACAAAGCCCAUUGCGCCGUGUUUGGAGCGGAGCAUUUGGCGAAAAGAACCUGCGAGACUACGAGACUCGCAUGACUCGGUAUCGUGCUCUAUUGAUUCAAGCAAUUGAUAAGUCCGGUGACCAGUCAUUCGACAUUUCAAAAUUGUUCAACUUAUUCACCUUUGACGUGAUGGGCGAUCUGGCCUUCGGUGCUUCAUUCGGCAUGCUUGAGACAAGCAAAGAACAUGGUGCAAUCGCACUUCUUCACAAGGCAUUUGAGGCUGUUGGAUAUAUGCUUCCUGCAUGGCUAUUUCGCUUCAUGACAGCAGUUCCGGGACUGUCAAAAGACUGGUGGGGGUUCAUAACCUAUUGUGGCGAACAAGUGGAGAAGCGUAUGCAGAUGAAGUCAAAUACGACAGAUAUCAUGAGUUCUCUUCUUAAGGCUUUGGAUAACCAGACCCCCAGUAAGCGUGAGUGGGACUGGCUGCAAGGUGACGCGCAACUCAUCAUCGUCGCAGGGAGUGACACGGCAUCAGCUACCUUGACAAGUAUCUUCAGAUACCUCGUUGAUCAACCGCAGCAUAUAGGUAUACUUCGUGCUGAGAUUGAUGGUUUGACCCGAACAGAACUGGGAGAUUACCUACCUGUUGAUUUAAAAGAUCUCGACCAUUUGAAUGGUGUUAUAAAUGAGGCAAUGAGGCUGUUUCCUCCAGUCCCAUCUGCAAUUCCUCGUGAAACUCCACCGGAAGGCCUAACUAUCGAUGGUACAUUCAUACCCGGAAACACAACUGUGUAUUGUCCGCAAUACGUGCUAGGUCGAAAUCCGGACUGUUAUAUCAAUCCGAACGAGUUUAUCCCUGAAAGAUGGUACUCACGCCCUGAUUUGAUGCCUGAUGCGUCUGCCUAUGCACCCUUCUCUAUAGGCACAUAUGGCUGCAUCGGCAAACCCUUAGCUUUGUUGAAUAUUCGGGCGACCGUUGCCCGAAUUGUCGCAGACUAUGACCUACAGCUGGCCCCUGGAAUGAGUUUAGCAGCGUAUGAACAGGGAAUGAAGGAGCAUUUUACCCUUGUACCCAGUUCAUUGAAGUUGUGUUUUAAGAAGCGAGUAUAG